AUGGCUGCCAAUUUUGGAUCCUUGAAGCAUAGCUUCGUCGAGAGAGGCAAAGAAAGAUUGCUAUCCAGGAAAGAUUAUUCACAACUUGGAGGAAGAGGAGGAGAACCAACAGGAGGAGGAGGAAGAAAGCCUUUCAUUUCGAGGGGUUUUUGUUAUUUGAGGGAUAAAUGUUGUGAAUUUUUCAAUUCUUUGAAGCAAGUUGGGGUUAAGGCAUACGAGAUUGGUAGGUCUGAUCCCAGAAAGAUCAUAUUUGCACUCAAGAUGGGUAUGGCUUUAUCUCUGGUUUCUGUGCUCAUCUUCUUUAAAGAGCCCCUUAGUUACAUUGGUCAAUACUCCAUCUGGGCUAUCCUCACUGUGGUUGUUGUCUUUGAAUUCAGCAUUGGGGCGACGCUGAACAAAGGUUUUAAUCGCGCCCUCGGGACACUAUCUGCUGGAGCAUUGGCUCUGGGAAUUGCCGAGUUAUCUCUUUUAGCUGGCAAAUACCAAGAAGUUGUUAUUGUUGUUAGCAUCUUCAUUGCAGGAUUUUGUGCUAGCUAUUUAAAGUUGUUCCCUGUGAUGAAGCAGUAUGAAUACGGGUUCCGCGUUUUCCUCUUGACUUACUGCAUUGUCCUGGUUUCGGGGACCUCACACUUUGUGCAAACCGCCGUUUCUCGGCUGCUUCUGAUUGCGGUUGGGGCCUGUGUUUGUUUGGUAAUCAAUGUCUGCGUUUAUCCCAUCUGGGCUGGAGAGGAUUUGCACAAAUUGGUGGUAAAAAAUUUCAGGAGCGUCGCCACUUCUUUGGAAGGCUGUGUUGAUGGGUAUGUGCAAUGCGUCCAAUAUGAAAGGAUACCUUCAAAGAUUCUUGUCUUCCAGGCUUCCGAUGAUCCAAUGUACAGUGGAUACCGAGCUGCAUUAGAGUCCUCCAGCAAAGAGGAAUCUCUGUUGGGUUUUGCUCUCUGGGAACCCCCUCAUGGCCCAUACAGAAUGUUUAACUAUCCUUGGAGCGAGUAUGUUAAAGUGAGCGGUGCACUGAGGCAUUGUGCAUUCAUGAUCAUGGCGAUGCAUGGGUGUAUACUUUCAGAAAUACAGGCUUCAGCAGAGCUUAGGCAAGUGUUCAGAAACGAGAUUCAGCGAGUGGGGACUGCAGGGGCUAAAGUGCUACGACAGAUCGGAGACAAAGUAGAAAAGAUGGAAAAACUAAGCCCCACCGGAGACAUACUAGACGAAGUGCACGAAGCUGCGGAGGAGUUGCAGAUGUUAAUUGAUCAGAAAUCUUACCUUCUAGUCAAAGCGGAGAGCUGGGAAAGUGGAAAACGACCUAGUAAAUAUGAAGAUCCGGAGCAGUUACAAGAACUGAAGGAUAAUGAACAUAAGCCAGUAGUCAUAAACUCCAUCAGCGAAGCAAAUCUCAAUCUAAACUCAGCCCAGACACUACGAGCUUGGGAUUCACAGAAUCCAAACCAGGGCAUCCAUCUCUCGGUUUCACAAUGGGAUUCCUCGGAAGAAAAUUUACGCCAGCAGACGAUGUGGCCUUCCCGACUGUCUGUCCUUGGUGACGUCAUCCUCAAUGAACGUGAAGUGCGGACUUAUGAAAGUGCUAGUGCAUUGUCGUUGUCCACAUUUACGUCCUCGUUGAUUGAGUUUGUAGCUAGGCUUCAGAAUAUUGUACACGCGUUUGAGGACCUUAGCAAGAAGGCCAGAUUCAAAGAACCAGUCGACCCAAGUGAUGGUAUGGGGAUGACGUCCCCCAAUUUUUAA